CCUCACCCCUCCAGCCUCUACCCUCCAGCCUCACCCCUCCAGCCUCACCCCUCCAGCCUCACCCCUCCAGCCUCACCCCUCCAGCCUCUACCCUCCAGCCUCAACCCAUUCCAGCCUCUACCCAUUCCAGCCUCUACCCAUUCCAGCCUCUACCCAUUCCAGACUCACCCAUUCCAGCCUCACCCCUCCAGCCUCACCCCUCCAGCCUCAACCCAUUCCAGCCUCAACCCAUUCCAGCCUCAACCCAUUCCUGCCUCACCCCUCCAGCCUCUACCCAUUCCAGACUCACCCCUCCAUCCUCACCCCUCCAGCCUCUACCCAUUCCAGCCUUACCCCUCCAGUCUCUACCCUCCAGCCUCACCCCUCCAGCCUCUACCCUCCUGCCUCUACCCAUUCCAGACUCACCCCUCCAGCCUCAGCCCAUUCCAGCCUCACCCCUCCAGCCUCUACCCAUUCCAGCCUCAACCCAUUCCAGCCUCACCCCCAGCCUCAACCCUCCAGCCUCAACCUCCAGACCCAGACUCUUCCAGACUCUACCCCUCCAGACUCCUCCAGACUCCCCUCCAGACUCUACCCUCCAGACUUACCCCUCCAGACCUACCCUCCAGACUCACCCCUCCAGACUCACCUCCAGCCUCAACCCAUUCCAGACUCACCCCUCCAGCCUCUACCCAUUCCAGACUCUACCCAUUCCAGACUCACCCUCCAGCCUCAACCCAUUCCAGACCACCCUCCAGCCUCUACCCAUUCCAGCCUCUACCCAUUCCAGACUCACCCCUCCAGCCUCAACCCAUUCCAGACUCACCUCCAGCCUCAACCCAUUCCAGACUCACCCCUCUAGCCUCUACCCAUUCCAGCCUCUACCCAUUCCAGACUCACCCCUCCAGCCUCAACCCAUUCCAGACUCACCCCUCCAGCCUCUACCCAUUCCAGCCUCACCCCUCCAGCCUCUACCCAUUUCAGACUCACCCCUCCAGCCUCUACCCAUUACAGACUCACCCCUCCAGCCUCUACCCAUUCCUGCCUCACCCUCCAGCUUCACACCUUCAGCCUCACCCCUCCAGCCUCUACCCAUUCCAGACUCACCCCUCCUGCCUCAACCCAUUCCAGCCUCAACCCAUUCCAGACUCUACCCAUUCCAGACUCUACCCAUUCCAGACUCACCCAUCCAGCCUCACCCCUCCAGCCUCACCCCUCCAGCCUCACCCCUCCAGCCUCAACCCAUUCCAGCCUCAACCCAUUCCAGCCUCAACCCAUUCCUGCCUCACCCCUCCAGCCUCUACCCAUUCCAGACUCACCCCUCCAUCCUCACCCCUCCAGCCUCUACCCAUUCCAUCCUUACCCCUCCAGUCUCUACCCUCCAGCCUCACCCCUCCAGCCUCUACCCUCCUGCCUCUACCCAUUCCAGACUCACCCCUCCAGCCUCUACCCAUUCCAGCCUCAACCCAUUCCAGCCUCAACCCUCCAGCAUCAACCCAUUCCUGCCUCACCCCUCCAGCCUCUACCCAUUCCAGACUCACCCCUCCAGCCUCAACCCAUUCCAGACUCACCCCUCCAGCCUCUACCCAUUCCAGCCUCUACCCAUUCCAGACUCACCCCUCCAGCCUCAACCCAUUCCAGACUCACCCCUCCAGCCUCAACCCAUUCCAGACUCACCCCACUAG